GUGUGUACCGAGGGGGCCAGGCGAGGCGGGUAUACACGCAUACUUGUUGACAUCUCGCUCAAUUUGACGAUCUCACAACAACGACUGGGAACGACUUUGAACGCGCAAAGUGACACGAUAUAGAACAUUGACGAGACGAGGCCCCUUGCUUCACGACACUUGACGACCGGUCACGAUUUACGCCCUUCCUUAUCAACACGUUAGUCUCGUCAUCGGUCAGGGGAACAGGGCAGUGGCCUAAUAAGCUGGUAUCGGAGUUCAGUCAUUGAACUUCUAUCUUUCUGACUACCCACCACUCGACAUCUGGCGUCAUGGACAAGGUCGACAACCUCGCCGGGUCACCACCCGGAGCUGCUCCCAUACCUCCCCUCAAGAAUCCUAAAUACCGUCAUAUUGCUCGAUCCGCUGCAAAGCGAGAAUCCGUACAGAUGCUAGGAUCUAUCAAGGACCUUCAACUCCACUUCUCGCGCGCCGGACUGGAACAUCGUGAUGGUGUUGGAGCUGGCGUCAGGGGGUUUGGACCGGUCGAGGAAGGCGACGAGGAGAAUCAUCCGCCCGGCGAAAUGCGAAAGACAGUACCCCCCAGACCAUGGAAAGAGGUGGAAACACCUCGCAUAGAUCCAAAAGAAGCUAUGAGAGAGGCGAGGAGUCAAGUUGGCAAUGUCAGGAGUCUCUGGGGCUUGGGGAUGCCUUCAUCACCGUCCAUGGCCUUCUCAUUAUCCCCGUUGUCGCCCGUCUCUCCCGCCAAUCCGAAACACCAACAGGAUACCAGAACAACGCUAGUCAGUACCGUUGAAGCUAUCAGGCGGGUCCGGCAGCUCGCCUUGUCGGUGUCUCAUCCAAGCAUUGGCGGCCGUCGCCAUUCUGGUCCAGCUGCCUUGCUCCCUCCCAAAAGCAAACCUAGAGCAUCACUGUCGACUCCCUCUCGACCGAAUGCGCCACCUCGGGCUGUCAGCUCUGGUGUGACCGAGAGGAAGAGUAGUGUAGGCCCUGACCAGAGACCUGACGAAUUGGCACAGCUUCGCAAAGUAGCCAUUGAAAUCCUUCACGGUCUGCGCCACCUGGAAGAGAGGCUCCGGAUCGAGCCUGUAAGUGGACCAGUGGACAUUCCAAAUGCCGGCCAGUCGCCUCGACGAGCCAUGUCACCUGGCGCUGCGGACGAAAGCUCAGGAUCCUCUGUCCCCGACACCAACGGUACCGCCAGCUCUUUCACUGAACCUGAGUCCUAUGAUUUGGAGGAGGAGGAAUACAAUCUGAACGAUUUCGCCCAAGAUGAGAAGGAGCACGCGUUGACUUGGGAAGAGAGGCUCGUCCAAGAGAACAGGAUGUACAAGAGCUGGGAAGAGGAAGAAGCUCGAGUUGGAACCGUGAGGGACUCGAUCAGGCGAUGGGUCGGUGUCGUUGAAGGCUUAUUUGGUGUGAGAGAUCGGGGUGGCGUCGAGGAACUUGAGACUUGGGUGAAGGAGGAUAUGUGGAAAGGCUGGUCGAUGGAACGAGCGCAUGCGUUCCUGCUUGCCAACUUGCCUCUCAAUCUUCAGCUCGUGAUACCCAAUACCAGAACUCCAGAGUUCAGGCAGGCAUUUUUGGCUAGACUAUCUGAUGGUUACCUACUCGCCCAAGCACUGAAUAUUGUUCUUUUGACGUCAUCUAAGCCAUGGGGCUUCAUUUCCGAAGAAGAUAUACACGACACCCUCAAGUCGGACUCCACGCUGAGCGGCUCGACGAUACCCGACGUUGUCGAAGAUAAGAAGGAGAAGAGCUGGACCUUUAUGCGGAUAGGAAAUCUGACAUGUUGGGCUGCGGCCCUCAAGCACCGCUACAACCUUCCCAUCCACAUGCCGGCAUCAAGUUCGACAUACCUGACCGUUCCCCCUUCCCUCCCUCAACCUCGUUCCGCGGAAUCACCCUCGCCCACACUUUCACCCAGCAUGUUUGGAUCCCCUCUCCCUCCGGAACCACGAUUCGGUCCUGCGAAGCGCAAAGACUCCAGGAUCAAGGAGAAUGCCGCUCGUGUAGAUUUUGACCCCGUCACUGUCGCCAAACGCGGCGAAGGAUGGGAAGAAAUGUUGGGUGGGUUAUUGAGGGUCUGGGUAGAAGAAGCGGCGAGGGAGGUCAAAGAGGAUGUCGGACUGGAUCUCUUUGAGGAGGAGGGCGACGACUAGGAGCGUCUUGAAGGUCUACAUCCUAUCGGUAUAGAAAUAUCUGGCUGACCGGCUCGUCAUGCCAUGCAUCUUUCCUAUUUUUUC